AUGGAUUGGAUUCAGAAAGUAACAAAUCAAGUACAAGAUCUGACGCCGUACGAUGUCAAGUCGUAUAUCGAGAAGGCGAAGAAUAUUGCAAUGAACGUGCCGGAGAUGGAAGCGAAAGUGAAUGAAGCCACCAACGACGAUCCCUGGGGUGCUAGCUCAACUCUAAUGCAGCAAAUAGCCCAAGGAACAUUCAACUUCCAAGAAUUCAACGAGAUACUCCCAACGAUCUACAGGAAAUUUAUGGAGAUGGAAGCCCGCCAGUGGAGACAAAUCUACAAAGCUCUCCAAUUACUCGAAUAUCUUGUAAAGCACGGCUCUGAGCGCGUGGUUGAUGAUGCACGCGCACACCUUUCAACCAUCAAGAUGCUCAGGAACUUCCACUUCAUCGACGAUAAGUCUAAGGAUCAAGGCAUCAACGUGCGCAACAGAGCGAUGGAAAUCAUUUCUCUGUUAUCGGAUGUCGACAAGAUCAGAGCAGAGCGCAGAAAGGCAAAAGCUAACCGCUCCAAGUACGUAGGUGUUGGCAGUGAGCAGCUUUCUGGUGUAUCUUUCAACAUGGGCGGAAGCAGAUACGGUGGAUUCGGUUCGGAUAGCUUGAAUACCACCAACACUUCGUACAGUGGUGGAGGUGGAUUCAGCGAUGCUGCUGAAAACAAUCAGGGAUAUGACGAUUACGAUGCUGGCGAUGAUGAUGAUCGUGCAGAGGAUUAUCACGAGAACACCCCAGCUAGCUCUACCUCCCAACCACCUCAGCAAACAAAACAGAAAGAACCUGAGGUUGACUUGUUUGACUUUGGGGAUGAACCCGCUUCUGCUCCUCCUGUUGCUCCUACGGCGGCACCUGUCCAAGCUCCACCUAAGACAACUCAAGCAGGUAUUUCAGAAUUCGACGAUUUCGACGACUUUCAGUCGGCACCUGUCUCAAAACCAAAAGCUCCAGCAAGCACGCAGUCCAUACCAAACAUCCAGCCUCCAAUGGGAAGCCAAAGCAACGCCCUUAGUAGUAUACCUCCAACGAUGCCAAUGAGCGGACUCCAAAGCCUCCAACAACCUGCAGCAACACCUCCUGCAAUGGCGCCACAGCCAGCUAUCAACCCAGCAACGAUGCCAAAUCGUGCCAAUGUACCUAACCAACAGACAAAACCAAAUGAUCCAUUUAGUGGAUUCGACGAUUUGUGGAAGUCUUCAAAGUCAACAAAACAAUCAGAAAACACAGCUAAACCAUCGAUGGCAUCAAUGGCGCAGCAGAAAUCAUCAGCUUCUUUGUGGAACACACCUACAUCUUCAAAACCUCAGCCAUCGCAGCCAUCGCAGCAAUAUCAAACACCGCAAAACAACGAUGAUCUUUUGCUUUAA